CUCUUUUCUCAUUCACAAGCACACAAUUCCAACAACCUCCUACAUACCCUCCCAACAAGAAUCUAACCCCAACAGCCUGCCACCUCUCUGUUCCUCUAUUCUCUUUCUACUCCCUCAAACUUUAAACCCCUCGGACUCAGUGCAAAAUGAAAUUCACAACCCUCCUUCUGCCCCUCCUCACCGCCACCGCGACCACCGCGACGACCACCUGCUACCCCGGCGCCCCCACCAGCGAAGGCACCAACUGCCUGUCCAAGCUGUCGAUCAAGAACUUCUGGUCGCUGCAGUACUGCAACUACCGGUGGAACGUCAACUACGGCGAUUGGGACAAGUGGAUCAGCAACAACGCCAGCCACGUGGAGCGCGGACGGGUGGCCAAGACGGGGGUGUUUGGCGGGAUGGAGGAGUGUCUGGAUGCCUUCAAGGAGGCGGUGGAGCCCUGCUAUGAGGUGGCACAGGGGGCGUAUUUGACGACGGCGAAUGUGAGUUUGGAGGUGAAUUGGUGUCAGUGGUGAGAGAUGAUUGGCCCUGCCGGUUGACGGGGACGUAAGGAACUGGAUGGGGUUGAGUUGGUUGGGGGGGGGUUGUGUUUGAUAUAAAGGUAUCAGUUCUUGUUAGUUGAUGAAGGGCAUGUUAAGAUGGUUAUGAGUUGAUGUGAUGUGAUGAGUUUGUUU